CUAAGGACGACUAACCGCGCAUGUGCAAAAUCUAUCAAAACACCGAUAGAAGAGCGAUGGUUGUAUGAGGUUAUUUAAGAAAAACAAUGUCCUAUCGAGUAAGAAACGUUUCAUUUUAGGCGUGCAGUGACUUCAGUUCAGUCUCGGUGUGACAACUCGGUGAGCGACGAGAGGAUGGACAACGUGACCGGGUCGGCCUCCGAUGGGACCGCGGAGUGUCCUCUGGUCUCUGAGGACAUGGAGGGCAUCUGUGUGAUGCCUGACCUGAGUGCCAUAAAGACUGAGCAAUCGGUGGGUGCGAGCCCAGACGACACAUCGACCCAGAAUGUCGCCAUGGGCAUCAAGUUCAUCCUGCCCAACCGCUUUGACAUGAAUGUUUGCUCAAGAUUUGUCAAGUCGCUCAACGAGGAGGACAGCAAGAACAUCCAGGACCAGGUGAACUCUGAUCUGGAGGUGGCUUCCGUUUUAUUCAAAGCUGAGUGCAAUAUCCAGACCUCUCCUUCACCGGGAAUACAAGUGCGUCACGUUUACACCCCAUCCACCACCAAACACUUCUCCCCCAUCAAACAGUCCACCACACUCACCAAUAAACACCGUGGCAAUGAGGUUUCUUCCACACCUCUUCUGGUGCAUUCUUUGUCCAUUCAUCAGCUGGCAGCCCAAGGAGAAAUGGUGUUUUUGGCCAGUAGGAUUGAACAAGAGACUGUAAUCAAUCUUCAAGAUGAGGAAGGCUUCACCCCCCUGAUGUGGGCGGCUGCACAUGGACAAAUCGCUGUUGUUGAAUUUCUGCUCCAAAAUGGUGCUGACCCCAACCUCCUGGCCAAAGGUAGAGAAAGUGCUCUGUCCUUGGCCUGCAGUAAAGGAUACACAGAUAUUGUGAAGAUGCUCAUUGACUGUGGAGUGGAUGUCAAUGAAUAUGACUGGAACGGAGGAGCCCCUCUGCUGUACGCUGUCCAUGGCAACCAUGUGCGCUGUGUCGAAAUCUUGUUAGAGAGUGGUGCUGAUCCCACCAUAGAGUCAGAUUCUGGUUUCAAUGCAAUGGACAUGGCCGUGGCUAUGGGCCACCGGAAUGUUCAACAGGUGAUGGAGGCACACUUACUGAAGUUACUGAUGGGAAUCAGAGAGUGAACUGUUGCACUAGAGAGGAUGUUGCUGGGCGCUGGACAAUCACGUAGCAUGCCCAGGCUGGCGGCCUACAGGAAUAUUUUGUUCUCUUAAGGGAUAUUACAGCAGCGUUGCAUCAUAUUAUUUAUAUUAUUUUGUGAGCCUGAUGCACAUGAAGGUUUGUGCUGUGCAAAUGUUCCAUUUUACCCUUCUUUCAAACUGUUGUACUCUGCACUUUUUUUUGAAUUAACUGUGGAGUAGCGAAUCUAAUCAGGACACACUGACUGAUUUUCAAAAAUAAAACUGAGGUGUUCACUACAGCCAGGCACACACUGCACUCCACCUGCAGCAUGCUGCCAAAUGUGCAGCGCAGUGUUGCCUUGAUUCUGCUUUAAUGUUGUAUUAAUUUAAUAUCCUUUACCCAUUAUUGUGUUUUUUGCUUCUUUUUUUUUUUAAACUAACCUAUCAACCACAAUAAUGAACCGUUUUUAAAAGAAAAGGAAUUUUAAUGUAAAACUUUGAAUCACCUCGUUUUCAUGCUGUCUGGGUUUCAUAGUGAGCACAUUUCUGAGGCACAUUGCACAGACUUUGUGAUUUUAUGAUGUUGCCAAGCUGUUUGUUAUCUGUUUACUGGAAAUGUUUGUGUUGAUUGUAUUGAAUUUAUUUAUUUGAAUUCAUUUAGACUGUUAUAAGGUCAGUUUAGUUUCUCUGUGUUGUGAUACAAAUGUCCAGAUGUAUUGUGAAUUUUAAAAGACCUCACAUCGCAAUUAAAUAUCCCACAAAUAUAUUGUGGUGCUGUUUGCCACUGUAUGAAGGUACUUUUGUUCUAUACCAGUUAUACCGAGUGGCAUGUCUAAAAAUAACUUGUAUUGACCUCAGCAACAGUGAUCCUUCUGUACAGAUAUUUAACUGUUUGCAAGUGUACAACCACUGUUUAUAUUCACUGAAAUGAAGCUGUUUAACUAAAACAU